GCAGAGAUCGAAGAGCAGAGCCUCAGUGACUCAGCCGAUGGCUGCGGUGCCGUCUGGCGGUCCAGGCGGACCCCCAGCUCCAGCUGGAUGCGAGGUCCGUGCAGCGGCACCUCCCAAGGGCUUUGGGCUCUUUGCGUGUGGCGCCUGCCCCGCGUACACGGAGAUGUUCACGGAGGAGCCGCUUUUUGCCAUGCAGCACUCGGGGAACCGCCGGGUGGUGGCCGCGUGCGCGCGCUGCUGUGGUUUCAUUCACUCGGUGCCGCUGCAGCUAGAGGUCAUCUUCGGGGAGAGCCGGUUCGCUCCGCUGCUGGCGGCUCUUGGUGACCUGCCGCAGAGAUGGCAGGUGAGUGCUGGUGAAGGGCCUGCAAGUGUCGUGCGCUGCGCUCAAGGCUGUGGAGAGAUCUACUGCUCGGAGGCAUGCAGAGACGCACACUUCCAGCAGUCCCACAAUUUGCUUUGUGUUGGGCCCUUGAGCGAGGAUCACCCCCUGUUGCGCUUCAAAUACCAUGCCUUGGAGCAUGCAGACACGCUGUUGUUGGCAGCUCAGGUUUUCGCCUUUCUUAUCAAUCGGGCCAAAGCUGCAGGGGGUGGACCAGAGGUCACCCGGAAUUUGAUGCAAGAGCUGUUGUGCUUCUGUCAUGCCCCCUUCAGGGAAGCGUGCCGACCUCCACCCGGACGAGCCAAAGAUGCUGAGUUUUACGCGCACACCGAUGGCCUCGUGAACCAGGCUGCAGCUCUGCUGAGAGCAGCGCUGGAGCCACACGCGCCGGUAGAGGUGGGUGCGCUCUUCCAAGCUGGGUCCGCAUUCUUCUCUGAGGUGCUGGGUAUGUUCGAAUACAACAACAUCGACCUGGAAGUUGCAUCACCCAUGGGCCAGCUGCUGCUGCAGAGAGCAAAGGCGCUCUCCCUGUCGGAUGGUCAGGCGCUGGCGGAGCUGCAACAGAUGGAAGGCUUGCUGAGGGAAAAAGAAUGGGUCAUGCGCUGUGUUUGGGGUGAGGAGACCACCGGAAUUUAUGGCGACGAAGUAGAUGAAGAUUCGAGCCAACCGCAGGAGAUGGACACCAUGAUGCAGGCAAUGGAGCAGGGGAACGAUGAGCAGGUGGUAACUGCGGCCAUGGCGCAUGCCCGGGCAGAAGUGGCCCAAAUGUCCCUGGAGCAACUCCUUCAGGGCGUUUGGCCAUCCAUGCACGGAACCGGCCUCUUCUCCUCGGUGGCUCGCAUGAACCACUCCUGCGCGCCCAACGUGAAGGUGACCUUUCCCGGGAACUCGUCUCGGCUCACCACCACCUCUGUUCUGAACAUUUCGCCUGGUGAUGAGCUAUGCAUUUGCUACGUCAGCCAGGAGGCAGAUGUGCAGACAAGGAGACGAAGGCUGCUCGAGUACGGCUUCACUUGCUGCUGCAGCCGAUGCCUAGCCGAGGACUCCACUGCCCUCCGAAAAGCGCAGAAGCGGCUCAAGUGAGAGUUAUUGAGAAAGCCGACGUUCAAUGCGCA